AUGUCGUCGCACGCUUUUAGCGCAUUCAUUAAUGUCGAGCCAUCUUCAAGCAGUGGGGAAGAACAUGCGGUUCCAAUUGCUCCGCAGAAAGCUGUAUCACGGGUGUACCACUCUGUGCCUCAAGAGCAUACCCCAGCUCCUCUUGAGCUCGACAACCUCCAGUGGGGAAAGAAGCUCAAGGGCCCCGAUGUUACCGAAUCUGGGUACCCCACACCCUCUGGAGCUCAAACUCCCAGUGGGUUUCAGACUCCCCGGUCACCCAACGACCUUGAGAUGAGCAGAGCUCCAAGCCCGAUAAAUGAGGAGGAUGGAGUGGAUGUUACACAAAGCUUCUCCAACCCACCCAUGAACAGGUUCCGCAUGGUAUCGGUAUGCCUACUAAACUUUGGCAAUGGAUUAGGUGAUGCAGCGCCUGGUGCUUUGAUUCCUUACAUGGAGAAGCAUUAUAAUAUCGGAUACGCUAUCGUCUCCCUUAUUUUUGUUACUAAUGCCGUUGGAUACAUAUUGGCCGCUUUCUUGGUCGACGCAAUCCGAGCUCGAUUUGGAAGAGCCAAAACCCUAAUGUUUGCAGAAGCAAUGAUGUCUGUCGGAUAUGUUGCAAUAGUUUGCACUCCGCCAUUCCCUGUCGUCGUUGCAGCCUUCUUCCUCCUUGGUCUAGGAGAGGCAACCAACCUUGCCAUGGGAAAUGUCUUUGCGGCAAACUUGCACAAUGGAACGAAGAUGCUGGGUGCAAUGCAUGGAGCUUACGGUCUAGGAGGCACAAUUGGUCCCCUUAUGGCCACUGCAAUGGUAACAUCUGGCCAUCUGAUAUGGAGUCGAUACUACCUACUCGUCUUAGCUGUCACUCUCUCCAACCUCGCUUUCGCCGGGUGGUCAUUUUGGCAUUACGAGGCUGAAUCUGGUCAGCCAUUACUUGACACAGUGCAAAGAGUCGCUUCUCAAACCCAGAAUGGACUGCCUCAAACCAAGCAACCCGGACAGUUCGCAGGAAUGGCGAAAGCGUUCAAAUCAAAAACCGUUAUGCUUGGUGCUUUGUUCAUCUUUUGCUACCAGGGAGCAGAAGUUUCAAUUUCCGGAUGGGUCAUUUCUUUCCUGAUCGCUACUCGACAUGGAAAUCCUUCUGCAGUUGGAUAUGUGUCGGCUGGAUUCUGGGCCGGUAUUACGCUGGGUCGCUUCUUAUUAUCUCACCCGGCGCACAAGAUUGGAGAAAAAGUCUUCGUCUACGGUAUGGUCAUCGGAGCCGCUAUCUUCGAAUUAUUGGUUUGGCAAGUCCCGAAUGUUAUUGGAGAUGCAGUUGCGAUUGCCUUUGUUGGUUUGUUGUUGGGACCAGUCUAUCCCUGUGCAACGGUUGUCUUCUCGAGAGCGAUUCCACGAAAAGAGCAGGUUAGUGGCUUGGGUGUCAUCAGUGCUUUUGGAUCUUCUGGUGGGGCUGUUGCACCCUUUACCACAGGUAUCCUGGCUCAGGCCGCUGGUACCUUUGUCUUGCAUCCUAUCGCCAUUGGGCUGUUUGGGGCAAUGCUAAUCAUCUGGUUUUGCCUACCAAACAUCAGGAAGAGAACUGAGUAG